GAUAACAGUUUAUGUUAAUUGUACUUAUUUGAACAGGUGGUAAGGAUGGGUCGUGGGGACAACCUGACCAUCCUUUACCCUCCUGGGUGCCGGGAAGUCAUAGAAGAUCUUGGACCAGAUGAGAUGAUAAGGCGCUUGAAGACGCUAGCCCACACCUUGCAGUCUAUGGGUCAAGAUGAUGGAGCAUACCAGGAGUAUGUUCCACUUGCUAUGCAUAUUGCAGAUGAUUUCUUCUUGUCAUAUCCAAGUCGUGAUGUACAGCUGCUGAUAGCAUGCUGUAUUGCAGACGUUUUAAGGGUGUAUGCACCAGAAGCACCCUAUAAGGAUCCUGGUCAAGUAAAGACCCUCUUCAUGUUCCUGAUCAAGCAACUGGGAGGACUGAAAGACCCAAAGGACCCUGCCUUUAAGCGCUACUUUUACCUUCUUGAAAACUUAGCAUAUGUAAAAUCAUUCAACAUGUGCUUUGAGCUGGAAGAUUGCCAGGAAAUCUUCUGCAAACUUUUCAAACUUAUGUUCAAUAUAGUCAAUGAUGAACACAGUGGAAAAGUUAAGUCUUUUAUGCUAGACGUCCUGUGUCCACUUAUCAAUGAAAGUGACGUUGUCUCCAAUGAUUUGCUGGAUAUUAUUUUAUCAAAUGUCCUAGAGCCAGCUAAAUCACAAAGGAAGAAUGCUUACCAGUUGGCCAAAGACCUGGUGGUUAAAUGCUCCGACACACUUGAGCCCUACAUACAAGCUUUCUUCAACCAUGUGCUCAUAUUAGGUCGUGAAGAGAAGACCUUGACCAUCUCUCAAAAAGUUUAUGAUCUCAUCUAUGAACUGAAUCACAUUUGCCCAUCAGUGCUACUAGCAGUUUUGCCACAGUUGGAGUUUAAACUGAAGAGUUCUGAUGAAGAGGAACGGUAUGGAUCUGUCUCCUUGUUGGCUCGCAUGUUUUCUGAGAAGGACUCAACACUGGCACUUAACCAUAAACAACUAUGGACAGCUUUCUUGGGAAGAUUUAAUGAUAUUAGCAUAAAAAUAAGAACAAAAUGUGUACAGUAUUCUAUGCACUUCUUACUGAAUCAUCCACUACUACGGAAAGACAUCACAGACACAUUAAAGUUAAGACAACAUGACUCAGAAGAGAGUGUAAGGUAUGAAGUUGUAAUGGCCAUUGUUACAACUGCAAAGAAAGAUUUUAGCAUUGUUUCUGACAGUGAAGACCUUCUUAAUUUUGUUAAAGAGAGAACACUAGAUAAAAAGUUCAAGAUCAGAAAAGAGGCAAUGUGUGGAUUGGCAAUGAUUUACAAGAAACACCUGAAUAGUCCAGACGUCCCACCGGCAACACGUCAUGCUGUAACGUGGAUCAAAGACAAGAUUCUUCAUGGCUAUUACAUGACAAGCAUGGAUGAUAGAUUACUAGUAGAACGUCUCCUGAACACUUGCUUGGUACCAUAUCAACUGCCUCCAGAAGACCGAAUGAAGAAACUUUUCUAUCUUUAUGCUACCAUUGAUGACAAUGCUUCCAAGGCCUUUAUAGAACUCCAGAAACAUCAGUUAGCUGUAAGGAAGAAUGUUGCAGAGCUUAUUGAGCUUCAUCGGAAACCCCAGGAUGAAGAGAGGGAUCGCGAAAUAGCAUACCGUUUGGGACACCUCACCAAGUUCCUCCCUGAUCCACUGAAGGUGCAAGAGUUUCUUAGAAAGUUCUCACAACACCUCAAUACUGAUUCUCAGUUGUUGUCACUGAUGGAAACUGUUGUGAGCCAUGAUGUAUCCUGCAAAGAUAGUGUUGACGCUGUUACCCAAAUACUAAAGAAACUAGGACAGCCAGUAAUGACCAACUUGUACUACAACACCAUCAAGAUGUUGCUAGAACGUGUUUCAAGCGUGAUGGUAGACAGGGUAGCACUUGAGGCUUUAGUUAGCAUGGUAGAAGGUGCACUGAAUGGGGAUCCAACAAUUUUGGAUACACUCAACCUCACAUCUGAUAUUGCAACAGAGAAAGGAUUGAAGUUAUUAUUUGUUUUGUCGUUUGUGUAUCCUUCACACUUCCUGCAUCAGGACAUCUUGACACGUCUUAUUUCUCUCCUCAAUGUGCCAAACACAUCCAUCUCCCCACCAGUUCUAGCAGUUCUAACAUGUAUUGGCAAAUAUAAACCAAUAGGUGAGCUGUACCCAGAGUUAGCAUCAGUACUUAUUCCAGUAUGUCAACAGUUUGCCUGCUCAGGCACUCCAAAACAAGCCAAGCAUGCUGUACGUUGCCUUCACACAAAUUGCACCUCAGAUGCAGAUGAAGUGUUUGAGAAGAUAUUAGAGAAAAUAAAGGAGCAGUUAACGUUUGAUUCUCCACACUUCAGAACGUCAGUUGUGUCGCUAGGUCACAUAGCAUUCAAUAUGCCAGAUAGAUUCCUAAUCCCUAUUAAAAAUAUAGUAUCAAGAAAGAUUGUUAAAGAGUUAUUAAUGCGCAACCAAACCCCUGCACACACUCCUGGCCCAGUCACCUCGGAGGAACCAGAAGAAUGGGUAGAGGAAGAUGAACUCACAGAGGAAUCAUCAGUCAAAAUGGAGGGCAUUAAAAUGAUGGCACGGUGGUUGCUAGGUCUCAAAUCGGAUGUUAUCUCUGCCCAAAAGACCUUCCGUAUGCUAAAUGCCUUUAUUCUUCACAAGGGUGACCUUCUUGAGACUGGAAAGAUGUUGAAAUCUGAAAUGGCCCAUUUAAGACUGUCCUCUGGUGCUGCAAUGCUUAAAAUUUGUGAACAGAAAGGAGUUGGUGACCAGUUUACCUCGGAGCAGUUUUACAAUCUCUCUCUUCUUAUGAAUGAUGAGUGUCCACAAGUCAGAGAAAGGUUUGCUAUCAAGCUUCACAAAGGUUUAGCAAGAGGAAUUCCACAUAAGUGCCUGCCUCUUGACUUUAUGGGAUUUUAUGCCCUUGCUGGUCUUGAGUCUGACAGACAGUUGCGUGUUGCUGUAAGACAGUACAUGAUUGCUGAUAUCAAUAAGAGGAGAGAAUAUAUCAGAUCCAUCACCAUGUCCGGGGGAAGUGAAAAGGCAUCAAGUCAGCUACCACACAUUAUGCCUGAUUACAUGCUAGUAUUCGCAGUACCUUUGUUGGCACAUCACCCAGAAUUUACAGAUCCUAGUGAUAAGGCACAGCUGAAACGGAUUCAGUCCUGUUUGUGGUUUAUCUUGGAACCUCUAAUGACCAAGAAUGAUGCCUACUGCUUUGGAUUCUACAAGGCAUUGAUUGAGCAAAUGAAGAACCACAAAGAUGCUGUUAAACCAGAAGAUGAGCUAACUAAUCAGAAACUAUGGGCUGUAUGUGAUUUAGCAAUGGGUCUUAUUUUAUCUAAAACUACUAGCUUUGAGAUGAAGGAAUUCCCAUCAGAUCCCCGAAUACCUCCAAUGUAUUUCAAGAAGCACGAGGAUCCUAACUUUGUAAAUGUCAAAUCGUACCUUCCGCUGGAGCUCCAGGUGACAGCACCCAAAGGCUCCACUAAAGUACUGACAGGAGUGACCAAAAAGGUGUCCAACUCCAUGGUGGUUUUGAAACCAAACACUCAAAUGCAUAGUCCACAAGACAGAAGCAAGGAUGACAGUAGUAUGAUGGAGGAUACAAAUAAUGUAACAAAUAACCGAAAGCGAGGACGCAGUGGUUAUGAUAUUGAAGAUGAUUUGGAGGAUGAGGAGGACAGCACAACACUUAGCAGUGUGUUGCCGACACCAAGUGCCCCAUCUGCAUCAUCAACGGGACCUGCUAGCAAGAAAGGAAGACUUGGGGGAAAUCUCACUGCUCCAGCCAAUAGGAUUAGUAGUUAUCUUCAGAAAGAAACUAAUGGGAAGACGUGAGUAACCUAUCCUACAGCAAGCUUACAAAGAUAUUGUUACCAGGGUGCAGAAUGGUUGUAGUUUUGCAUAGCGUACUAUGGUAGGAGUGUGACAAAAUCCUAUAUAAACUAUUUGUCCCCUGUUCAAGGGGUAAGGCAGAAAUAGUUUCCAUACCAAAGUUUUAAGUAUAUACUUGGUGACAAUGCAGGUGAGCAAUGUAUGUUGAUCUCUAGACCAGCAGAGGGGUUGGUUCACUUGGUCACAGGUAUUGUACAUAAGUGUUGCAGAAAGCUGCAAGACUACAGAUGAGGCUGUAUAUGUGAAUUUUGAGUGAUUGGUGGGUUUUAUGGUGAGAAAAGGACUAUGGAUCAUUGCAAUAUCUAUGAUUGGGUAGGGGAGAGGAGUAUAACAUUGUAUUCAUAUUUGAUAUGUGGUUAUGGUUAUAUUAUCUUCCACUGACAUCAUUUUCUGCACCUCAUUUACACUGUGAAGUUAUGAAGGAUUCAAAUAUGCUUGGUGUCAAACAACUUCAAAGUGAUAUUGGGUAUUAAUGCUAAUUUUGAGUUUUUUUCGAGGUAAUGAUCAUUAUGAUCACUGCUAUUGUAAUAAUGAUGAUGAAAGUUAUUUCUGUAAUUUUUAUUUUUAAUUUUUUAAUUAUUGUUAUUAUUGUUCUUGUUAUUAGCAUUACUGUUAUUGCUAUUGUUAUUAUUAGUUUAUUAUUAUUUUUUUUUUCUUUUUCAAUUAUUAAAAAAAAAUACUACUACUACUGCCACUAUAGCUACUAUUGCUAAUACUAUCACUAUUAUUUUUUUAUUAUGAUGAUGAAUAUUAUUAUUAGUAGUAGUAUUGUUCAUUGUAAUCAUUAUUAUUUUUAUUUUUAUUAUUAAUUUUGAAUAGUGUUUUAAUAUUAGGUCAUUAUUAUUAUUAUCAUUAUUAUGAUUAUGAUCAUUAUGACUGUUAUUAUUAUUGUUAUUGGUUAUUUUAUUUAUGAUUUUUUGUUAGUUGUAGAACUAAUAGUAUUUGUAUCAUUUAUUAACUAUCUUCAUCAUCAGUAGAAGCAGUAGCAGCAUUAUUAUUAAUUAGCAGUAAUUAUCCUUAUUGUAGAAAUAUUAUUACUUGAAGCAUCAUCAUCCACUUUUGUCAUGAUCUCUAUUAUUACAAGCCAUGUUAUUUUUAAUGUUUAUUUUGUACGACACUGCCAUGCGUUUUACAUGUAUUUACUUAAUUCUUUGCUUAUUUGUUUAUUAUUUUUCUUUACACUGAGGCUGUGCUUUUUUAUAUUGGUGGAAAUUAAGCUUUUCAUACAUUGCUGUUAAUUCUUUUCACAUUAAGACUUGCAAUUGAAGUCAUCUGUGGUGUGUGUUGUCUCCCCUGCCGAGGCAUUGUGAUAAUUUGUUUCAGUUGCUUGUAGCAGACUUACUAUUUAUGGUAGAAAGCUGAAUUUGGACUAAUUUCAAAGGAAAUCUGGACUUGUGUUAAUGAUAAGUUAAAGAUAAUUAUGGAGAUAAAACACACAGAACAGUGAGUUCUAUUUAAUUGCUAAAUCACUUCUUUCUAUGCCUUAAGUCAUUGUAAAAUUGCAGAUAUUUUGAAAGGGUGAAUAUUGAUAUGUGAAUAUUACUUUUUGGUUUAGAAUAAAAAUACAGCCACCAUUCAUAUUAAAGAUGUUACAUUUUUCUAUAUAUGUAUAUUUUUUUUCUUUUCUUUCUAUUGAAUUUACUACUAUCAUCAUCAUCAUCAUCAUCAUUAUUAUGGUAUUUAUAUCCACAUCACUGUCAUAUAUAUCAUCAUUGUUGCCUUUUCUGUCAUCAGCAUCAUUCCACUGUUUAUUGAUAGUAUUUUUAUUGAUUAGCUGCUAUUCUAUCAUUAUCAAUGUCCAUGUAUGGUAAAGUGAUGUUUUUGAUGAUGACAGAGUAGAUGAUGAAUUUUAGUGAUACAGAAAAAUUGUGCUGAAGUAGGAAGUAAUCUUGUAUGUGUUACAAAUUUGUGUUAUAUGUAUAAUAUUAGUUUCAGGUGAGAAUGAUUUCUAUAUAUACAUCAAGAUAACGGUUUAGAAUUGCUUGUUCAUUUUGGACAAUCAUUCUAGGCAAGUUGAACACUGCUGAAAUUAUACUUACUGCAUUAUUUUUAUUAUUAUUAUUAUUAUUAUUAUUUUUUUUUUUUCUCUUAACUACAAUUUGUACACUUUUUAGGCUAGUGAUUACUAGAAGGAAUAAUGAUGGGAAGUGAUUUGUUCCUUUUUUUGAAACACGAAAAAGGCUUCCUGAAUUUAUAUAUAUUAUUAGUAACAAACUGAGGUGAUGUGUAAUUAAUGGUAAGACCUAGGAAAGAAUAGUACAUUAUGUCAGUACUUCUACCUUAUAUUACCCAUCAUGAGAUAGUUAGAUUGCAAUGUGAACUGUCCUUUGAGGGCAAAGAUAUUGUAUUGGAUUGAUAUGAUGUAUUUAAUAAUAGAAGAAAACAAGAGACAUCAGAAACAAAGCAGGAAAUGUUUCCUUUUUCCACACAGUUACCUAAUGCAUUCGCAGGCUGCAACAGAAUUAGGUUUUAUGCAUAUUUGAUUGUGAUGGAUCCAGCUAAUCUCUGCCAUGCUGUGUAUGUGGUUGUGAGUGUUGGUCAUUUGUUUCUUUAUACCUUGAGUUUUGGUAAGAGUAAAAGUUUUUUUUUUCUUCUUUUUCUUUUUUUCAUUUGUUUUUCUAAUCAUUUUCAAUAUAUAUGCAUUUUUUUAAAAUAUGUCCAUGGAUAAGAGUAGAUUUAUUUUUCAUAAAUUGAAAAAAAUGUCCAGAUGAGAUGCAUCAUAAUUUUAAAAUACAUUAUUAUCAAGAAUUUCUUGAUUUUAUGUUAGAGAGAUAUGAUGCGUAUAUAAACUACAAAGCACUGGCUUUUUGACUGUAAUAAAAAAAAAAGAAAAAAAAAAGGGUGUAGUGUAAGUGAGGGAUAUGUUUUGAGGAAUUAGCAUGUGUGUUGUUGCAAUACAUAAAUGCAAGGUGGUGCAAUAUAAAGGCAAUCAUGUUUCAUGUUCAUUGUGUUCAAACUGGAAAUGGAUUCAGACAUCUUCUUUUAUUCUAUCAUUUCUGCUCACCAUGGUUGUUUUCACCAAUUUAUUUUAGUAGUAUUAAUCACUGUUUGUAAAUUUGUGUAGAUUCAUGAACACCCUUUUGAUAACUGUUCCUCUCGCUAACUUUUCUUGAACAAUAGUAUGUCAGAGGUGAAAAAAAUGCUGGUGUAGCAUCAGUGAUGGAUAUAGAAAUAAUUACAUCCCAGGAAAGCAUAAGAAAAAAAAAAAUAUACAGUCAUGAGUUAUAAUUUCUUUCUCUUUCUCUUUCACUAAUUCUCUGUUGUUCAUUUUCUUAAUUUUCUCCUUUUCCUGCAUAUCAUCUGAGAAAAGCCUCACCACAGUAUGCAUGCUGUGUGAAUGGUUACCUUAUAAGUUUGAUUUUCAGUGUGAAAUUUGCACUCACUGAUGAUGAAUUGCAUUGUUUUUUCUAUAAUUGGGGCAAAAGUAUAGUCAUGAAAUUCAUGCUAAGGCCUCAUCAUAUUGAAAGAUAUACUUUAAAAUGUUUUUUUCACUUUUAUUUUUAAAUUAUUUUUUGGUUUGACUUAGAAUAGAUUGUUUACCAUGGUAGGUGGCCUUAUCCUUUUUGAUGGUAUAACCAGUGACGUGUUAGCUCAAAAACUCUGAGCCAGUACUAUGUACGUAAUGCAUACCUUAUAAAAGAUUAUUUUAGGUUGGAACUUCAAAAGAAACAAAAAGAAUAGGUAAACUCCUAUUUUGAAGCUGGAAUCCUGGUACGGGAAUGAAUAUUACAGAGAGGAAAUGGUCAGGUAGAGAAUGUUCACUCGUAUACAUUUGUGUACAGUAUUCCCAAGAUGCUCACUAUUUUAUGUAUAUUAGAAUUUAGGUGUAUUAUUACCCUUAUGGUUUCUGACAUUUUUUGCACUUGGUAGCAAAUGGAACUCUUUAAGUUACAGUUAGCAUGAAGUAAGUGAUAUUUAUGCAUUGAUAUGUUGAUGUCCUGUGGCAAGCUGACAUUCGUAUGCCUUUUAUUUUCUUUCUUCAGACAGUCAUGUUCAUGUGUUUUAUGUAAAUAUAUUGGAGUAAUUCAGUUAUGUGUAUGAAUGGUAUUUUGUUGGAAUGUUCAUUCCGUAAACAAGAAUGUAUAUUCAUUUUGUUAAAAGAUCAAGUUGACCAGCAGAGGUCAAUCAUCUACGAUGGAUAAAGAUAAUUUUGCUAU